UUGGCAUUCUUUGCCUCCGUUAUAACUUCAGAGAGACCAGGGUGGAGAACACGGCACUCACUUUCGCGUACAGUGUCGUAAUGCUGGUAAUAGCUGUGUCCUACACGCCAAUUGCCCUGCAGAUUCUCUACUCGGACAUGGUGUUCCUGCGACAAAACGACCUGCUCACAUACGUAGGAUACAUCCGCUAUGGCGUCAUGUUGACCUGUGCUUUGGCCACUCUGUUCAUGCAAGUGAUCUUCAGGAGUGCCAUCAUUUCAAGUGUGAAUCAAAUGCUGCAUUUGAGCGGUCUACUGUUGGACCGCCCCAGCUUCGUCAAUGGCUAUGUCACGUGGAAGGUGGUUAGCAAGUGUCUUACUGUGGUCUUGCAGGCCCUGUGGACGGUCUUCCUGAUUGAAAACGAUAAUGCUGUGUCGAAUAUGUGGUACCUGGCCACCCUGGUCUUCGUUCACUAUUGCCUGAUGGUCUUGCAGAUGACCUUGAAUAUGCUCUACUUUGGCGUUCUGUUGAUAACUUUGCUCAUCAAACAGGUGAAUGCAAACCUUGUCGGGCUGCUACUGAACCUGCGAACUCUGCCCCAUCACAGAGGUGGUGUUAAUGCACAAUCCAGAGACAAGCUCUGUAAGGAUGUUGGCCAAUUAAUGCAUUUUCAUUACAUCUUGGUCAAAUUGAGCACGACCUACGUGAACUUAUAUGGCUGGCAGUUGCUCAGCUUCUUGAUGUCAGUGAUAAUGGAAUGUGUCACUCAGAUAUUUAUCAUGUACUUUGUGCCAGCCGAAAUGGCGCGCCGGGAACGCAAAAGUAAUGAUGCCGAAGCCAGACCGCCUCCCAUCCCAAUCAAUCCGUUCGCCCUGAUGUAUGUUAUUGGACUGCUGUGGGACAUGUUCCUCAUCGUUGUGAUGCUGGACGACAUGCGUUUGCAGUUCUUUCACACCCGUCACCUGUACACAUCGAGCAUUUGGCUGAGAGCCUUGGCAUCACCAGCGAAUGUGCGGUUGGAGGGCUGUCUUUCGCACUUUAACCUUUAUUUGCUGCACGCUCAACCUCGAAUAUCUUACUCGGCCUGUGGCCUCUUCACCUUUGAUAAAACUUUGAUUCUAGUGACGCUGGAGAGGAUAUUCUUGUAUUUGGUGUUGUUGAUUCAGUUUGAUUUGAUUACCAAUUAAAGUGGCCAUCCGCUUCGUCACCUUGGAUUAUGUUCAUGCCUUCGGCAGAGUGUUGUCUCAAUCUUGCUGUAAGCACAUCUGCUGUCCUUCACCACACGACAAACAAAAAAAUCAAAAAAAGCGAAAAUCCUUUGAAACGGCUUUAUCCUAACCACAAAAGAAUUUUGACACAUCGGUUCCAUGCAAUCAGAAAAAAUCUAGUCUUAAAGCAUAUUUAGGAAG